GCGGUGAGCGUGGCGGGCGCGGGCGGCGGGAACGGCUCGGCUCGGUCUCCCCGAACCCACAGGGACACCCCGGGACCGGGCACUGCCCGUCCGAACCCACAGGGACACCCUGGAACUCCCCGGUACCGCCCCGGGGUCCGGGUGCGGGUCCUGCCGGUCCCCAUCACGUUGCGGCCCGCCCGGUGUGGAUCCCUAGCCCGCCGUCCCUUGGCAAAGCGGAUCCCGGUUUAAGGCAGAGAAGCCUGUCAGGCCACGGCUCUAACUGCAGAAUUUAUUCCCUGAUUCACAGAGUCACAGAAUCUCCCGAGCUGGAAGGGAUCCUCAGGGAUCAUCCAGUCCAGCUCCUGGCCCUGCACAGACACCCCAACAACCCCACCCUGGGCAUCCCUGGCAGCAUUGUCCAAACGCUCCUGGGAGCUCAGACUGUUCAGAACGGUUCAUAUUUAGGAGGAAAAAUUAGGAAAUGGCAGAAGCAGUAUUUCACCUCCCAAGAAGGAAAAGAAGAGUUUUUGAGUCGUACGAGGCUCCCUUUCCUGUGGAUGUAGGGGGGAAGGAUUUCAGAGUAUGCCAGGCUGAGAUCAUUAACAACAAUGUGAUUGUGAGGAACCCAGAGGAUAUUGAACAGCUCUACAACAAGGGCUACUUUGGAAAAGGGAUCCUUUCCAGGAGCCGGCCAGUGUUCAGCAUUUCAGAUCCUCUGCUGGUGGCCAAGUGGAGAGGUGUUAACACAAACAUGCCCAUAAUUACAUCUCAAAAGUACCAGCGCCGUGUGCAGUGGGCUAAAAGUGUCCUGCAGGAGCAGGGCCUCGACGACUGCUCCGUCACCAAAAUCCUGGACAGCUACACCAAACCCCUGGGGCUGCCCUUCUCCAGAGAGGAUGGGGCUGAACAAACUGGAGACAGCUGCACCAGCGUGGGCCCAAACCCAGAAAAUACAGAACCAUCCAGGCAAUCUGCUGGCAGUGAAGGAGCCCAAAGUCCUGAGGGUCAGAACGGGGGCUCCAAGGAGGGAGGAGAUGCAGCCAUGGAUCCUGGGAGUGGCUCCAGGGACCAGGAGCAAGGGGAUUCCAGAGAAAUGGCUGAAGGAUCCUGCCACAGGGACCCUCCUGUGCUCUGUGGCUGCGAGGGGAAGCAGAGCCCUGAGCAGAGGGCUUGGCAGGGGAUGGACUUGAGGGAAUGUGCUCCGGAGUAUGUGCUGGUGCAAGAGGAGGAAGAAGGAAGCUCCUGUCCUGAAGAUGACUCCACUUGUGCACAAGGAAAUCUUGUCAAGAAGGAAGUAUUAGUAUGCAGAAAAAACCCAUUUAGGAUUUUUGAGUACUUACAACUCAGCUUGGAAGAGGCUUUUUUCUUGGUGUAUGCCCUGGGAUGUUUAAGUAUUUAUUAUGGUGAGGAGCCCCUGAGCAUUGUGAAGCUGUGGGAAGUGUUCAGUGAGGUGAAGCCUGACUUCAAAACCACCUACAUGGCCUAUCACUACUUCAGGGGCAAGGGCUGGGUGCCCAAGGUGGGGCUGAAGUACGGCACGGAUCUCUUGCUGUAUCGAAAAGGGCCCCCCUUCUACCACGCCAGUUACUCUGUCAUUGCUGAGUUGGUGGAUGAUAAUUUUGAAGGUUCCCUUCGCAGACCCCUCAGCUGGAUGUCCCUGUCUGGGCUGAACAGAACAACUGCAAAUGCUUCUAAGGAGCUCAUGCUCUGCUAUUUGAUCAGACCUUCUGACAUGACUGCAGAGGAGAUGUCAACCCCAGAGUGUAUGAAGAGAAUCAAGGUUCAGGAACUGAUCGUUACUCGUUGGGUUUCUUCCCGUGAGCGCAGUGAACAGGAUGAAUUUUAACUGACUGCACAAGAAAAAACUCACUUUUAUAAAAUCACUUCUUGUUGUUUUUUACCUGAUCUCAUGAUGAACUGUUGCCUUAGAAGGUUUUCUACCAACAUAUUCACUUGGUGUGUAUAAAUGCUAUUUAAAAUGAGUUGUAUCAUGUUUACUGGAGAGAAUGUUGUACUGUAAAACGUAACUGAACAGAUGAAAGGGAAAAAAUUAAAGCUGUGUCCCAACUCAAAAUAUAAAAGAUAAAAAGGUGUA